UGACUAUAUCUGGAGAAGGAGGGGAAAAAAGAAACCAGCCCUGGCAGCUGACUGGUAUAGACGGGACCUUUAAUGCAGCUGCAGCUCUUCAUUCAGAUGCUGAGUGGAGCAGCGGAUGACCGGAGGAGGAGGAGGAGAGGAGGCAGAUCACGGCUCUGUUCUAAUCGCAUUUUCUAAAACCCACUUCGGUGCACACUGAGGGGUUUUAUUCCUCCCUCCUUCCAGCCUGCUCGGAGCGUUUUAGCGGAGUCCAGGACCGAGCGGAUUGCGGCAGUCUUAAGCGUCCUGGGUGAUCGGAGCUCAGCAGCAGCAGCAAAUUGUGUGAAAUAACGUCACCGCCAUCCAGUUUCCCCCAUUUACACAAAUCGGCUCUCUACUCACGGACUGUUCCCCCGGACUCUUUGAUCAGGUAACCACAUGUGCGGGCCGGUGUCACCGCGCUGAGCCCGGAGAGCACGCAGGGGGUAGACUCGGGUCAGAGACACAGAGAGUGGCCGGGGGAAGUUGGACCUGAUGACGGACAGAACCUCCGAGGCCCCGCGGCUGCCGGAGCCGCUGCGCCGCUGCCACGGGGCGCUCCAGGCCAUCAACAACAACGGAACCUGCGCGGAGCAGCUCGGCCUCUUUCCGCCGUUCUCCUCCACCCUCGCGCUCCUCGUGCUGGUGGCCGUGCUCGCGGGGGUCGUCCUCGUUUCCCUGGCAACGUUCCACUUCCACAAGAGGAAGCUCCGGAACAGGAAGAUCCAACGCGCGCAGGAGGAAUACGAGCGCGACAGUCGCAGCCCCGCGCGCGCCGGGGCGAGCGGGGAUCCCGCGAGGCCGUGCGUCAUCGUGAGGCCGGUGCGAUGCGGGGUGGAUCAGCCCGCGUGCCGGAGCGAGGGCGGCGUGGACGUCACCGGAGCACCGGGGGAGGACGAGCGCGCGCUGCACGAGACGGUUCCUCUGGACUGUUAACUCAGCGCAACUUCAGGGAACGAGACUGUGGAAUUAACAGGAAAAGCAAUAAGGCACAAAGAACUCCCACAUCCACCUCUGCUGCUUGUAGAUGACUUAGAAUCAGCAGGAAACAGAUAAAUGCAGAAUACUGAGCAGAGUAGUUGGCCUACACUACAGUGGCACAUACAGAUGGGUGACAGGUUAAAGGGAAAACCGGAAUGAGUGAGAAGAGAAACCCAAAAGAAUGCAGAUGCUUCCACACAAGUGAACUGCAUAAUCAAUUAAUCAAUUAACACCCUAUCAUGCUCUGAGUUUGAAAAUAGUGAUCUGGCCUAUUUGAUUCUUCUAUUGAUUUAAGAUGACAAGAAGAGAUCUGAGGGACUUUGAAUGAUUUUUUUGGGGGGGGGGCACUGAUGGCAGGACAAUGACUAAAGUGACAUCUGCAUUUACAUCCAUUCGAAAGAUGUCAGUGUUUAAGGUUGGAAAUUGUAGUUGACAGUGCACAUUCGCUGGCGCAUUAGUUUAAUACGAAAAACAGAGGAGCAACUUCUUCGGGUGACCGAGAAUGUCAAAGCAGGGACGUGAGCAGACUGUGACAACAAGGACAGUCUGCUAACAAUUACACAGAGAGGGUUGUAGUUAGGUUGCAGUGCAUAAAACCCCCUGCAUUACAGAGAUGAAUUCAGAGUCUGGAGGUCAGCAAUGUGAGAUGUGGGGGGAAAAGUGAUAUGAUCAAAUAAGAAAUGUCAUGAGUAGACAUGAGAAUGAUGCAGGCCUCUUCACUGAGUGGAACCACUGGCUUUGUUGUGAUGAGUGGGCGUUUUGCUGGUAUGGUGUAGGUCCACUUGUCCUCUCGGUGUGGAAAGGUCACUAGAAAUCAAUACCAAGUUGUUCUGAAUGAUCAUGAUUUUAUCUUAUGGUUAAACAUUUCAAUCUUGAUGAGGAGUGGUCUCUUCUGAGAUGACAAUGUCCCCAUCCAUAGGGGAUGCAGGGUCAAUGAGGAGUUUGAUGAGUAGGAAAAUGAUGUGAGUCGUAUGCUAAGGCCAUUGCAGUUGCCAGAUGUAAAACAAGUUGGGACACAAUUUGGAGAUUUUGAUUGUGUUAGAUAGAGCUCUACACCACUGCCAUCAAAACACCAAAUGAGGGGAAUAUGUUUUGGAAGAAUGGUGCUUAUCUCUCCGGUAGAGUCCAGAGAUUUGUAGAAUCAAAUGCCAAGACACGUCAAAGGGUUUCUGGGAGCACAUGGUUGCCCAACACCUGACGAAGCCACUUCAUAUUGGAUAUCCCUUUAAUCUGUCACCCAUCUGCUGGUUAGACAUGUGGCCACACUCCUUCCUCUUCCACUCGUAUAUUUAGCCAAACGACAACUCCUUAUGGGACUGUAAUAAAGUAUUUGCCUGCUUUGACUUUUGGACCUCCUUCUCCUUCCAAGCCGAAAAACAUUGUUUGAACCUCAAAGAUGUUUAAACUUUAAAUCCUCCCCGGGAUGUAACACACUGUUGUGUUGAAUUAUUAAGAGUUGAUGACACAACACGGAGCAUAAUGGCUCGCUGAUCUGCCUUGGCAUGUCCUCUGACACACUACCAGUAUGUAGUUAGACUAUAGUGGAUGUUGUGGUGCUGUUAGGCAGUGAAAAAACUGCACAUAGGCUAUAGAAAUAGCUUAUUUGUUUGCGUAGUAUUUUUUCCUUCAAUUAAGUGACUUAGCAUAUUUGCAUAAAGUACUGUCCUCCAAUGUCUGUUAGACAUCUGUAGGUAGCUCUAGUUAGCCUGACAGGAUGCAAGACUUUUUUGCUGUAGUAAUGCACAUAAGAUAUUUUUCUUUGAUGUGUCAGAUAGUAAGUUUUUGCGCUAAUAGAGUAUUUUCUCUUUUUAUUUGGAGUAUUUUUAAUGUAUUCUCUGAAAUGUAAUAAAUUGAGAAUCCUUCCAGUAGAGGGUUUCUGUUGAAGCCGA